AUGACCAUCCCGACGGAACAAAGCCUGACGUGCGUUUCCGUCCGUCCGCAGCAGGUCGCAGUCCGAUCUGGCAUCUCGUCGGACCGACAGUUUGCGGCGAACACAAUCCACGUCAUAUCGAUCGUCCACCUCUCUGCCGCACGAGUCAAGCUCUUUGGCAUGCUCGGGUACACGCGGCCGUGCAAUGUCCAGAGCAUUGUCGUGCAUGCGUCCUGCCGCGCUCUGUGUGUCGAUGCCCCUUGCCGCGACGGUGACGAGUCUGUGCCACGAGUCACAGAUUCGUCGGUACCGGGGAAUCGAUUGGGGCGACGACGACUACAAACUCCACCGGGCGUCGUUUGGGGCUGUCGAUUGUCGAGUCACUCGCUGUACUUGGCGGCGGCCGACAAGCACGGACCUGCGGGGUUUUACUGCUGGGUCGGGGACUCGUACGGCACGCGAUGCAUCUACUUUUUCUUCCCGUGGGUGAUUGCCGCCACUGCCGGGAUCACUACGCUCGCCAUCCCCGUCGGCCUCGACGUUUUCAAAUGA